AAAUUGAACUUUGCAAUGAAAACUUUUAAUCGAAAAUUGUGGCGCCUGCUGCUGCCUUUGCUUCUUGGCCUCAGCCAGGUGAGCGGUCAGUUUGAGAACUACCUGGACAGCCUACACGCCGAGGAGCUAUAUGAAUACGUCGAGGGCAGUGGAAGCAUACAAUACUUGGCCAAGGGCAACAGCGAACAGGCGCUGUUGCAACUGGAGCAACCCAUUGGCUUCUAUGGCGAGAAAUAUGAACAGAUCUAUAUCAACACGAAUGGCAUUUUGACAUUUAACGUGGAGUUUACGGAGUACUUGAAUCAGCCCUUUCCGCUCGAGUAUCCCUCAAUAGCGGCCUUCUACUCGAACGUCGAUACCAGCAACAGCGACGACGACAGCUCCAUUUCGCUCUUCGAGUCGAGGGAUCCUCAGUCGCUGAAUCGCGCUCAGUUGCUGGUGCGCUACGCCUACAGCGAUUGGACGGAGUUCGAGGCGAGGCAACUGAUUGUCGCCACGUGGCGCAACGUGGGCUACUUUAACUCCAAGACGGACAGACGGAACACCUUUCAGGUGGUUUUGAUUGUCGGCGACUCGCAGACCUUCGUCCAGUUCAUCUACCCACAGGGCGGACUCAACUGGCUGCAGGGCGAGGCCGGCGAGUUUGGCUUGCCCGACAUACGCGCCCAGGCGGGCUUUGUGGCUGAGGAUGGACGCUACUACAAUCUGAAUGGCUCGGGAUCGGAGAACGCGCGUUUCCUUAGCGACAGCACCAACUUGGGCGUGGCCGGCGUCUGGCUCUACCAGGUGGCGCCGUUGGCUGUCGACGAGAAUGCGCUGGCGCCCAACAACGUGGAGACACGCACCGAGUCGCCGGCACUCGCGCAAAGCUGCAAUGGCAAUGGCCAUCAAUGCGAUAGCCAUGCUCAAUGCUACGACAAGUCCGAGGGCUACUGCUGCGUGUGUGAUCCGGGCUUCUAUGGCAACGGACGCUCGUGCCUGGCCAACGAUCUGCCCAUGCGUGUAACCGGCUCACUGUCGGGCCAGCUGAAUGGCCAGGCCAUCAGCGAAGAGGCCAAGCUGCAGUCCUACGUGGUCACUACAGAUGCGCGCAUCUAUACGACCAUCAAUCCCGUGAGUGGCGAGCAGGCGGCGCAGCUGCGCUUGGUGCUGCCGCUGCUGACAACCGUGGGCUGGCUGUUCGCCAAGUCCGUCAAUGGAGCCGCGAACGGCUAUCAGCUGACUGGCGGCAACUAUCAGCACAUCUCACGCAUACAGUACGAGACGGGCGAGAUGCUGUUGGUGAAUCAGACCUUCGAGGGCUUGAACUACUGGGAUCAGCUCACUGUGAAGAUUGAGCUGACGGGCUCUGUGCCACGCGUGGCGGCAGAAGCGGCACUGCAUCUACCUGACUACACAGACGAGUAUCGCUUUGUGCGUCCUGGCGAGCUGCACUCGCUGCAGUCGUAUCAACUGGAGCUGGCCGAGGAGAAGCGCGUGAUUGGCUUCCAGGUGGAUCAGCGCAUACUCUACCAGAGCUGCCUGCGCGACGACGAUGCCGAUCCAACAGAUCGCAGCGUACUGCAGAAGGUGUCCAAGAUUACGCUCGACUACUUCGAACGGGAUCAGGCGCUGCGCACCAGCGCCCUGAGCAAGAUCGGCGUUGAUGCCGAGUCGAAUGCCUGCACCGAUGGCAGCGUUCAGUGUGGCGAGAACGCCAUCUGUGUGCCCUACGAGGAUACCUAUCGCUGCGACUGCCAUCAUGGCUACUCCGCCCAGGUGGACGAACGUGGCGCCGAGAUCUGCAUCGAUGUGGAUGAAUGUGCGCUGGGCACUCAUGUCUGCGAUGAGAAUGCGCUGUGCUCCAAUAACGAGGGCGGCUUCAGUUGCGUCUGCGUCGAUGGCUACGAAGGCAAUGGCUAUCGCUGUCUGCGCAAUAACACGGCCGACAACAUAGAAUACUCUACGCCAUCCGAGACGCCAGUUGACAGUCAGCAGGGCUAUCCGACUGAGGAGGAACAGCAGCAGCCACGCCCACAGCCGGAGCAGCCGGACGAGCAUGACGACUAUCAGCCCAAUCAGGGCAAUGGACAACAUCUGGAUGAGUGCUAUAGUUGUUCGCCAGAUGCCGAUUGUUAUGAGGGUCGCUGCGGCUGCCGCGAAGGCUUUUCCGGCGAUGGCUACAGUUGCGUGAAUAUUUGCGGUCACGAUGAGGUGUUCGAGCACGGACGCUGUGUGCCCAUUCUGCUGGACGAUCAUGAGGUGGAGCCAAGAUGCAAUAUUCUCGGUGACUGCACCUGCCCCGCGGGCUAUGAGCUGAGCGAGGAGAGCCGCACGUGUCGCUUUGCCGGCGGCUAUGAGGUGGACAAUAGCGAGGAUCUGCUGCCCUGCGAUGUGGACUCCAACUGCCAUAUUAAUGCGCGUUGCGCCUGGUGGGAGAACCAGCUGCGACACAUCUGCACCUGCAAUGCAGGCUACAGCGGUGAUGGCUACAACUGCGAUCCCAUCGAGGACUCCUGUGCGAUUACUCUGAUCUACGUGCAUCAAUUGUUACAGAAACCGGAAAUCUGCGAUGCACAUGCCACCUGCGGCUACAACGAAGAGCUGGGUAAAUCGGAAUGCAUCUGCCAGCGAGGCUACCAAGGCGACGGCCACAACUGCCAGCUGGCUCCGGAGUGCCAUGCAGCAGAGCAAUGCGGGGAGAAUGCCUAUUGCGAUGGCGGCGUCUGUCUGUGCAACGCCGGCUACGAACGGGAUGUGAGCGAUCGUUGCGUGCCCACUGGACGCUGCGGUUCAGUCUUUUGCGGAUCCAAUGCCAUUUGCAAGUGGGAUGAGGCACUGAGCGUUCAGUUUUGCGAUUGCAUCGAUGGCUAUCAAGGUGACGCACUUACGGGCUGUAUUAGCAUACCCAUACCCUGUAACUUGCGCAACAACUGCGGCAUACACGCCACCUGCGAGCCCACAGAGGAUCCCGCCAAUUACACUUGCCAGUGUAAUGCUGGGUAUCGCGGCGACGGCUACGUUUGCAUCGAGGAGCAGAACUGUUUGAGCAAUCCCACCAUGUGCGACAUGAACGCUAAAUGCCAUUCGACAAACUCGGGCUUAGUCUGUGUUUGCAAUCCAGGUUUCUACGGCAAUGGCUCAGUUUGCUUGGAGCGCCAACAGCAUGACUCCAACUUCCUUAUUGUCAGCCAGGGCGUGGUCCUCGUGCGUGUGCCUCUGAAUGGACGCAAUGUGCAGCCUAUUAAGGUGGCCUCGAUGGCCAUUGGCUUGGACAAGGACUGUGUAGAGGGACGCAUCUACUGGGGCGAUAUAUCAGCCAGAAAAAUCAUCAGUUCCAAAUACGAUGGCACCGAUGAGCGCGUCUUCAUCAGCACAGACAUUGAAUCGCCAGAGGGCAUUGCCAUUGAUGUCAUUUCCCGUCGUUUGUACUGGACGGAUUCGGAGAAGGACACUAUUGAGGUGGCCAGCCUGGACAACUCGUCGUUGCGCGCUGUCAUCAUCAACAAGGAUCUGGUGAAUCCACGUGGCAUUGCCGUGGAUCCCUACAGAGAGAAACUCUACUGGUCCGACUGGGAUCGGUCGAACCCAAAGAUAGAGUACUCUGAUUUGGAUGGCACAGGUCGCGAGCUGCUGCUGGGCGCCAAUGAUGUCAAGCUGCCCAAUUCUCUGGUGGUGCUGGAGCACAGCGGCGAGCUCUGCUAUGCGGAUGCGGGCACCAGAAAGGUGGAGUGCAUCAAUGCACAGAGCCGUCAAACGCGCACCAUAUCCCAGGAGUUGUCCUAUCCAUUCGGCUUGACCUUUACGCACGAUCAAUUCUACUGGACCGACUGGACAACCAAGAAGCUGGAGAGCGUGGACAGCGCGGGCGUACGCCAGAAGCCCAUUCAGACGACCUUCUUUGGCAGCCACAAGCUGUACGGCAUGACCGCCGUGGAGCAGAAUUGCCCGCAAUACUCCAGCCAGUGCCAGAUCAACAACGGCGGCUGCACCGAUUCACGCCUCUGUCUGGUCAAUCGGAAGUCGCCCUCUGGCAAGAGCUGCAAGUGCACCAGCGCCUCCACCGGCUGCACUGUGGCCUCGCCCUACGACUUUGCUGCGCCACGCAAAUGAAGCAGCCCCAAAGAAGGGUCUACAAUUAAAUUAGUGAAAAAC